UAGUAGCUGGCACUGAAAAAGCCUCGGCGGGCUAGCGGACUGGCACUCGCUUCCCGUCGUCCCCUCCAGGAUGCUAGAUUUGGAUUACGCGCAGCCUGAUGGAUCCCAAUAUGGCUAUGUGUUCCCCAGCGGAUUUAUCAGUGAUUUGGACUCUUACAAGCAAGAACCCACAUUUCCUCCCUGUCUUGGAGAUCCAGAGAGCUCCCCAGAGUCUUGUAUAAACUGGCUAGAGAUGCAAGAACCUGGAUAUGAACCCUUCGAGAUAGGACACCUGGCUCAGCUGCAGAAUGUUCAAGUCUCCUACCCACCUGGCACUUACGCCCAGGCACAACUCUCUCUGGAACCAAUCUACAACCAUGAGGGAAUGAUGCCUGCCCAGAAUUCAGCUAUGGUAUUCAAGGACGAAUACAACACUGAGAUCUAUCUGCCAUAUGAACAGUAUUCUGCUCCAAGGGAAAUAUGUAGCCCAUUGUCAGAAGAGGGGGAAUUUCACAAGGAUGGCCGGAAUCUGGAAGUAUCUUCUGAGAGUGAUUUGGAUGAGAAUCUCUUGUCUAGGUUUGAUUCUGGCUCUCGCCGGAAACUCCGCCUCUACCAGUUUUUGCUGGAGCUCCUUGAAGGUGGUGACAUGAAAGAAUGUGUGUGGUGGGUGCAACGUGAUGCAGGCAUCUUCCAGUUCUCUUCAAAGCACAAGGAGCUUCUGGCACACCGCUGGGGCCAGCAGAAAGGCAACCGCAAGAAAAUGACCUACCAAAAAAUGGCCCGAGCUCUGCGCAACUAUGGCAAAACAGGCGAGAUCCGCAAAGUGAAGAAGAAACUCACGUACCAGUUUGGGACCUCACUGCUGAGCCCAUCACCUUCUUCCUAAAGCCCUCAGGACCCCUGGGCCAGAAUAGCCUCCAAUGAAAUGCUUCCUUUGUUGGCUUUCUUGAAAACUCUAUUUGGGCAUUUGCCAGCAUGGCUGUAUUAGAGAACCUGCCAGAUGCUUUGCACUAAACAAGGAGGGUGGAUCUGAAGGCAAUGACGGCUUUUAUUGGGUGGGGGUGGGGGUUCUGCACUUUAAGGGAAGGUUUGUGAACCAGGACUUGGGAGGUUUCCUUUUUGGAAUGGGAAAAUGAGGUUCAGCUGAAAUGCAUGAGGCUGGGAUUCCUGGAUUGAUCUUCCCUGAAUGGUUUGAGAACUAGAGCUCAUAUCAACUCUUUUGGGGAUCCUUGGUGGAAUGAAAAAGAGAUGAGAUAGCAGCAGAGCUGCUAAAUUAUUUUUUGAGUAUGGCCUUAAUGGAUUUAUGGCCCCUUCCUAAGAUAUUUGUGGUAUCUCCCUACAAUUGCAUGGGGCUUAAUCCAAUGCUUCUCUUAUUCUCUUGCCAUUACAUGCCUUACUGUUUCAUCAACAUGAAUGACCUCUAGAACAAGUAGGAAAAUUGUGUAGAGCAUAGUUCUGAAACUCUUUUCAAUCUCUUAAUAGCUAUUGCACUCAUAUGAUCAGGAAGUAAGAGUGGACGAAUCAGCCACUGUCUGAGUUGCUGCCCAGAUUCAACCCAUUUUUUAUCUUUCUUUUGCCAGCUUCCUUCCUCACACCAAAUUUGGUUUUGUUUAGUUUUCAGAGAAUAAUCUGGAAAGACAGUUGGUUAGAGUCCUUUAAAACACCCAGACAGUUUCUUUAAGUAACAAUUGGUAAAGAGAGGCAUCAUCCCACAAGUGCUGGUCUGCAAAAGUACUCAUCUCUUGUACUUCGACCCCACAAGUACUCUGGAAGCAAACCAGAGGCAGAUAUGCAAUUUAGGAUUUAUAUGAAUUCUCUGGAUUGAUACGACCCUCUAUGGUAGUUCCACACAAGGAUUCAUGAGCAGUUGGAAAACAACUCCAAAUUUUUACAUUUUUGCAAUGUUGGCGUCGGAGGACUGAGCUAAUUAAUUUCCAAUUCAUCUCUGGUGUAAGUAGUCCUUGGUUUAUGACAACAAUUAGGUCUGGAGUUGCUGUUGCUAAGUAAACCAGUUUCUAUUGUUCAGCAAUGAUCAUGUGGGUUGUUUAGCAAGAAUCUCAUGUGACCACAACUUCUGACUUCCUGCCAGCUUCAUUACUGAAUUUACUUGUAAGUAGUCGGUAGAGAACUUUGGAAAUCAUGAUCACAUGACUGUGGGGAUACUGUUAUGGCUGGAACUCCGAGAACCCACUAUAAGUUGUUCAUCACUGUCCCAAGCUUGAAUGUUCUCUGAACCAGUGGUCAUAACCCGAGAAACAUCUGAACCUUGACUUUGAUAACUUUGUACCCCCCUCUCAGUUUUUUCAGUUUCUUCUUUCAGCAAGAAAUCAUAAUUUAUGGUUUGCAAGUUUCCCUCUCUGUACUGAAAUACAGUAAAGGGAUAUUUGUUGCUUGGAGGAAGUUACUUCUCUCUGAGUGUUGAAGUCCAUGCAUCUGAAAUUUGCCACGGUUGAAAAUUAGUGCUCUAGGAUCAGAAAAUUUUGGAUCAGGGCAGUGAUCUUUACUUCUGGUUCAUCUUUUGGUAGAAGCAAUCACUUACAUAUUGCUUCUAAAGCCUGGGAAAUGAAAACAGUGGGGAUGUGGAAAUGGCCUGAGUUAGCAUCAUUUGAGCAUCAUGGUGGGAAGGAAGCAGAUUAUUCAUGUCUGUGAGACUUUCUACUUGUCUCUCCCCUUGGGAGCCAAGACAGAUUCACCACUUUUGAUAAGUCAUGUUUUGUUUAGCCACAGUUUGCUGUCUUAACUAGAAUUGGUUGUGUAACCAAAUCAAUGUGGUUUGUUGAGUUACAGCUACUCAUGUUGUGCAACCCCAGUUUUGUGGGCUGGCCUUUUGUAACUGGAGGAAACACAAGAUGAGGCCCAUAGGGCUUGGAUCUAAGAACAGGCAGAAUAAACAUGAGGGAGCUUUCAGGAGGGAGAUCCUCAAAUAGUAGAAAAAAGAUAGUAUUGAUGGGGUGGGGCAGCAGCAGAUGGGGAGAGGGGAUUCAAAUAUCUGGCCCAGGACUUGAGUGUGUAAUAUAUUCAAAUGUUUAUUUAAUAAUACAGAGUGGAAGUUUUUGGUUAAAAUCUGAUUAUUUUUAAAAUGGAUAUCUUUUGUACAUAUUUUGGAAAUUGCUAAUAAAUGUUUACAACAACAGUGAA